GUUUCGCCGGCCCCAGGCUUAAUUGAGAAAUCCACCGCCAGUGGUCGCUUCUCCUCCCUCAUCACAUCAUCCUCCGUCCACGAACCGGCCCUGGAUUCACACAUCCUGGCAACCACUUGAUACCUCUUGCUUCACUCAGCUUCAUUCACCCUUGGGCUCUAUUUCUCCAAUUCCACUGCACUUUUUGUUUACCUGCCUUUUCCAAGGCCCCCCCGCUAAUGUGGCUCUGUUGGUCCCCAUCCCACCUCCAGAUUGACCCCUGUUCUUAAUAUCCGAUCCUAAUUCCGUAUGAAUCGCCCCUGACGCCCAAGAUUUGAUUGGAUUGACGUACUAUGUAUGGGUUCAUACAACCGCGCCCCUCUUGUUGUUCCCCGACAGCACGGUGUACCGCUAAAUCGAUUCGAGUCGGCCCCCAGCACAAGCACACCCAGACAAUAAUCCGUAAUUGUACCACGAAUACGUACCGGCCAUCCGUCCUAUCGCCGUCGAGUUCGAGUUCUUCGUGUCGCCAUCCCGAGGAAGGCUCCGACGCCUUAGAAGACUGCCUCCACACUGUCAACACUGUCAACACUGUGAACACCGCAAUUGGCCUCGCGUCCUCUUCCUGCAAACACCGCCAACAUGGCCGCUGCCCUCAGCAAGCGCCAGCAGGCUCGCAACGAGAAGACUCUCCAGGAUCUCGUGCAGAAUGUCCCCGGUAACAACCAGUGCGCAGACUGCCAGGCGCGGAAUCCAGGCUGGGCAUCAUGGAGCUUGGGCAUCUUCUUGUGCAUGCGAUGCGCAUCGAUCCAUCGCAAACUCGGCACACAUGUGUCCAAGGUUAAAUCGCUCAGCAUGGACGGCUGGACAAACGAGCAGGUCGAGAACAUGAAAAAGGUCGGAAACGUCUCGUCCAACAAGGUCUACAACCCCGACAACAAGAGACCCUCGAUCCCCGUCGACGCGGACGAAGCAGACUCUGCUAUCGAGCGGUACAUAAGGUCCAAAUAUAUGAACCAGGGCUUUACCGCCGCAAGAAGACACCACACCGGGAGUACGACAUCCGAUGAGACGCCACCUCCUUUGCCACCCAAGAACACGAGCAAGUUCAGCUUCCGUUCGGCGUCAUCGACUUUCCCGCUCUUCUCGAGAUCAAAGAAGGAUCUUGGCCCUCGGUCAGCACACUCAAGCCCGCUCCCUCCCCACAGUCCAGAACAGGGCCACCGACCAAAAGUUUCCAAGGUUUUUGGGGCUAGCCUCGGCUAUGACAGUGACGACGACGUGCACAAAAAGCUGGCAAAGUUGCGGGAGCUGGGAUUCACAGACGAUCGCAAGAACGAGGUCGUGCUCAAGGGCGUCAACGGGAAUUUGGAGAGGACAAUAGAGUCCCUUGUGCGGUUAGAGGGUCGGUCGCCCUUGGCUAGCCCAGUGGAUGAGUUCCCGAGUGUCGUCCGCCCACCAGCGUCUGCUGGAGGUCGUAUGAAUGGCUUGAAUGGAUUGACAGUGUCCCGGGCGGAAACGGCAAGGCCCAUGUCUGCCUCGAACAACCCUUUCGAUAUAUCCCCGGUCCAGCCUAUUUCAAGCCAAUCGACCGGAAAUAUGGCAAACCGAAAUCCCUACUACAGCAAUAACCCCUUUGGUCUGACAGCCACGCAGUCGAACGACGCUUUGAAUCAGGCAUUCACCAACAUGUCUCUCGGAGCUCCGCAACCGCUGUUCCCCCACCACACUGGCGGUCUUCCUCAGCAGCAGCAGCAGCAGCAGCAGAUGAUGAUGAUAAUGAACCAGCAGUCGGCGCAGCCACCAAUACCAUCACUACCACAGAACUAUUCUGGCAAUGUGUUUGAUAGUAACCCCCCGUACCCUCAGCAAGGCCAGCAGCCCGGUCUACAGCCUGCGCAACCAGUACAGCCCAUGUAUACUGGUUACAACCCAUUCUUGACCAAUGCGCAACCACCACAUCCUCAGCAGCACCAAGGUCAACAACUCCCGUCUCUUAGCACCGGCUUGAUGCCGAAUCCUACAGGGGGCUCCUACGCCAAUAACCCGUUUGCGCGAUCUCCGACCCGCAUGGCCACGCCGACCUCUCUGGGACAAAUUCCGGAGCAAAGCCAGCAGAAUUUCUACAGUUCGCCUGCGCAACCACAACAGCCGCAGAUGAACAACCCUUUCUUCGCGCAGUCUGCGAUGGCGGCGCCGAUGCCGCAGGCCCAGUUCAACCAGUUCAACCAAUUCAGCCAGCCCACGGCCCAACAAGCGCCACCGAGAGCAGACAAGGCAUCUAUCCUCGCUUUGUACAAUAUGCCACAGCUGGCACCUCAGGCGCAGAAUACCAACCUCGAUCAGGCCCAGCAGCAACAGCAGCAGCAGCAGCAGCAGCAGCAGCAGCAGGCAGGACAGCAGGCAGGAAUGGCGCCCACAGCACAGGUUUCAAAUAUCCAGAACCCGGCCAUGAACCAGGCUGACGUGGCAGCUUCUAUGACCUCAGCAGGUAGCAAGAACCCGUUCCUCGGUGGGGCUGGGGCACCUCAACCAGCUGCGGCACAGCCCUCGGGCAUGGACGCCAUGGUCGGAAAUAGAAGCCGAGACAGCAUGAUGGCACUCGGGAUGGAAUGGUCGAAUGGACGGCACAGUCCGGACGCGUUUGCGAACCUGAGUGCAAGAUCGAUGCGAUGACGAGUCAAUAUGAUGCACGGGAUGGCAGAAACUACCUAGUAAUGGACAUGUAAAUGAGGCUGUAUGAUAUGGAUCUACCAGUCUAACCGCUGCAAGCAAGUGCGGAGGCCUAGGCGCACGCGGGGUUGGCAUUGUAUAUACCUACGUCUUGAUGGAAGAGCUGAUGUGUAAUCGCUGAACGAGAUUGAUCUGGGCUCGGGGUCGGUGACAUGGUACCUGGUGAAGGAUCAAUAACGAGGGCGAAAUACACAAGUAGCCCCAGAGCACCCGGUCUUGACCGUCCUCUCCCCUGGCAGACCACAACUGCUCAUCCCACCAGCAGAC